CUGAAUCUGGCGGGAUCUCACGACGGGAUCCGGAUCCCUCUCGGUGCCUCGCCAGCUUUUUCCCUGGGCAAGAAUCUCCGAGAGGCGAGGCUACGUAGGGGUUAAGGAGAGCGAGAGAGCCCGGUUGCCUAGAGCGGCCUGGAAAAGGCCCCUCUCUCCGUCCUUCCGACUCGCCUCCUCUUUCAGCUUGUCUUGGGAGGCCUCUGGGGCGGUGAGUCCUUUGGGCGAAGGGGAGGCUGUGGGGCGACUGGGUGUGUGCAGAGGGGGCUGUUGGGGGGCUGAGGGAUGAAUGGGAGGAUCCCCUGGGUGGGGGGGGGGGAAUGGAAGCCAUGGGACCCAAGGCCUCUGAGGUCCCAGCACCCUCACACCUACGACCCCCGGGGGUGAGAGCGGGCUGUUUGGGGGGCUCGGAAGUGGGCGCCCCUUGAGAAGAGGGGACUCCAAGUGGGGAAAGAGGGUGGGCAUCCAUCUUGGGCGAUGCUUUCCUUGCGACCCCUGCAUUGCUGGGAGUUGGACUAGAUGACCCUCGGGAGCCCUUCCAUUUCCACAGUUCUAUGGUUCUGGGGGGUGGAGCAUUGGAGCCAACUUCAUGGGGCCGGGAGGGGUUUGGCCCCACAGUAAAACACUUGAGGGGCCUGGAGUGAGUGGGUGGGUGUCUGUGCAUUGUAUCAUGUGAUAUUAUAUGGAGCAAGGCUUGCUGCCACCCCCAAUAUUUAAUUCAAGUUUGCACCCCUAGGGUAGAGAGAGUGUGUGAUAGGAAUUUUGAGGUCUUAGAUAUAUGUUAAAUGUUCAUAACCUGGAACCAUUUUUGAUUCCCAAACUGUCCCAAACUGACCAAAUGUUUUCUCUGCAAGGUCAAAGGAAAAUGGAAAAGCCUCCCCGUUGUCCUUUCCUUCACAAAUCCUAUCUUAAGGGUAUGUCUGUGUUUGAACAGGGUGAGCCUGUGACCUGACUCAGGAACUAAGUAUUUAUCAUUACUAAAUAUUUAUCAGUACAAAAGACUGGCCAGGCUCCCCAGGGUAUCCAAUCAGUUAAGCAGGGUAUCCAAUCAAGUAACCUGCCAGACAGGAGAUAAACGACAGAAGAAAAGCAACAUUCAAAUUUCUGUUUUAGACCGCCUUUUCUGUGAUGUAGGUAUGAUUUAUCUGGGGUGGUGGUCUUGAGCUACAGGGUGGCAAUUUCAAAAUGUCUAUAUAAGGCCUUGCACGCCAUUGUUCUGGGUUCCUCCUGUCCUGUGCGUGGUGAGUGAGGACCCUGUUGCAACAGAUCAAUAAAGAUCAGGCUUACUAGCUGCUUUGCUUCUCAAUAUUCUCUGGUUGGUCUCUGUUAUUUUCUCCUACUAAUAGGAAAAGGGCAGAUUUUGUUUACAAGAGAGAGACGUGUCCUUUGGGAGAAAGGGCUCCAUCUUGGGCGCUGGCAGGAAAUCUCCAGAGGCAAGAUUUCCAAGAUGGCAGAAAGAAAGGAAGUCAGAAGGAAAGGAGUGUUUUUUAAUGGAGUGAAGGAGAGUCACCCUUCUUUUCCUGUAGGAGGGGUUGCUGGGGUGCCUCUUAGGGAGGGAAAUCUCUGCAGGGGUCUGGGGCUGCCUUGGCUUCUCUCCCCCCCCCCCCCGCCCCCACGACUUGUUUAAACUUUGAGCUCUGCAAAAUAUUUUGAAAGAGGCUGGAUCUGACCAUCAUCAUUGCUAUCCGAGGCUAGGAGAGGUGUGCUGAGUUCCAGGGGUUGUGUGUGGAGGAGAAAUGAAUGGAUGGGAGCUGGAGGGGGAAAUGACCCCCCCCCACACACAAAAGUCAAGAAAGCCCUGGCUGGAGGAAGGGAGUGGAGCAGUCUUCUCCAAAGUAUUCACCUGGUACAUGUUUCUAGGUGUCACAGAAGAGGAGGAAUAUGCAGAGCAGACCUUUGCAGAUUUACUCAUAAGGAAGCCCCCAUGGAGAGAGGACAGAUUGAAUUGGUAUCACCAAAAAAAACCUUAAAAAUGGGGCUCCUGUUGGGAAGGAGGAGCCCUUUGGGGCUUUUCUAGGGGCAGCAGAAUGUUUUGGGCAGGAGAAUCCCUGCAGGGCCUCUGAGGCUCCCUUUGCUUCUUCCUCCCUCCCAGGAACCUGCAUCUUCUGAGCUCCUCAGGAAGGAUGAAAGCGGCUGAACCUGCAAACCUAGCAAGGAUGGAAGGAGGAAGAUGGACAGUUGACCUUAUCAGACUGCCUCCUGCAUCCCUCCCCAAAACCUCUGGGCAUUUUCUCCCAGGACACUCAGAGACAUCUGGUGAGUUCCUAUGGAGUGGAGAUAGGGACACACAAGGAUCGCUAGAUGGAUGGUGAAGAGGAAAACCUGCCCCCAGGCUUUUGAAUGUUAGGUGCUAUUUCCACUGCAGGACUGCUGGCUUAGUUGCUAAUCUCCCCUUCUUGGGCAAGGUUCUUAAAAAAAAAAAUAUCUGGAUUUUUUUAAACAAAAAGAUUUUUUUUAUUACAAAAUUUUUUUACAAAUCCAUAAACGAAGAUUACCCUGAAUCUUGUGGCUUCCCCCCAUCCCCUCCGUUGGUCCUAAUAUUACCAUCUACAACUGCAUAUAAGUCCAUUGUCCAUAUUUUUCUGUUCAUCCAAGUUAUCCAUAAUCUUUAAUACCUUAUAAGUGCAGUUAAAAUCCUUCUAAUGUUUUCAUCUGCUUACAACGGUCUCCUAGAUAAAUUGUAAUAUCCCUAUUAUUAUUAUUUAUCCCAACCAUAUAGGCAGCUGGGUUUUCUUUUCAUUUUUCCUUUAGGGGUGUGUGUUCAUGAAGCAUGCAUACUAGUUCUUAAACUAUCAUCUGCUAUUUCUCCUUGUUAUCUCGAGUCACCUCUAAACUAUAAAUCUAUCACUCUCAGGGUCAGCAUGGGCCUUGAACAAAUUCUUAGUCUUUCUUAGUCUUAAUUGCACCCUCUAACACGAAAAGGAGUUUAGGUAGAAUCCUUUGAUUCAGCUAAGGAUUCAUUUUUAUUCAUUUAUUCCACAUUGGGGCAGGACCUAUUUUUAUUGCAAGGUGGGUAUCAAGUGGAAUGAACCCUUUUCACCAUGGAAACAGUGAAAGACUUACCCUUCAACAGCUAAAUGUGAAGCUCCUUUUGUUUCUUCUUCCCUCAGGAACCUGCGGCUUGUUUACGCUUGGGAGCUCCUCAGGAAGGAUGAAAGAGUCUGAUAAUGCAAACCUAGCGAGGAUGGAAGGAGGAAGAUGGACGGUUGACUUGGUCAGGCUGCCUCCUGCAUCCCUCUCCAAAACUGUUGAGCAUUCCCUCCUAGGGCCCUCAGAGAGAUCUGGUGAGUUGCAGGGGGUAAGAGAUGGGCGCAGGGAUGGAAAGAGACAGGAGCAGGGAAACACAUUGGCAAGGGGAAAAGAUGGAGAGGAGAGAAAAGGCAGGAAGAAGGAAGCAGAGAGGCCUUUUCCCAUGCUCCUCUUUGUUUCUGGAAUCUGCUUUCAUAGAGUAGCCAGAAACCUUUUUCCUCUCACAGCCUUUUGAUUUUACAUGUUUUCCCCCCACUACAUGAUUAAAUGAUGAUUAUUACCUAAACUAAUACAGAAAUAUGGGAAAAGGGUGUUGUGGAAAUGCUUUUAGUAAUUAUAGAUUAUUUAUUUUUUUUGAAACACUUCUACCACUUUUAUUUUUUUCUAGACAAUUAUAAUUAUGUAUGUAAUUUAUAUAUCUCCAUUCAUACAAAGAUAUUCCUUGAAACCCUAAAAGCAUUUAUCCCUUUGCUCCAAAGCAGGUGGUGCAGACAAUCGACAGAACUCUGCAGAAUGUGGAAUGAGCUUUAUUGAUGGUGGAAACCUUACAAACCAUCAACAAACUCACAUGGGGGAAGACCAUUUGAAUGUAUGGAAUGUGGAAAGAGUUAUAGUAGUAAUGGCAUUCUUAAACAUCAGCGAAUUCAUACAGGGGAAGAACAAUAUGAAUGUUUGGAGUGUGGUAAGUGCUUCAGUACUGGUGGAAAUCUUACAAGACAUCAACGGACUCACACAGGAGAGAAACCAUUUAAAUGUGUGGAGUGUGGGAAGUGCUUCAGUACGGGUGGAAAACUUACAAGACAUCAACGGACUCACACAGGAGAGAAACCAUUUAAAUGUAUUGAGUGUGGAAAGAGCUUCAGUGAAAGUUGGUCCCUUCAUAUGCAUCAUCGAAGUCACACAGGGGAGAAACCAUUUAAAUGUAUGAAGUGUGGAAAGAGUUUCAGUUCCGGUUCAAGCCUUGCUUUACAUCAUUACACCCACACAGGGGAGAAACCAUUUGAAUGUAUGGAGUGUAAAAAGAGCUUCAGUGACAGGGGAACACUUAGAAAACAUCAACUAAUUCACACAGGGGAAAAGCCAUUCACAUGUAUGGAGUGUGGAAAGAGCUUCUGUCAUAUUGGUAAACUUCGAGUACAUCAACGGACUCACACAGGGGAGAAACCAUUUGAAUGUCUAGAAUGUGGAAAGUGGUUCAGACGAAAGACACACCUCACUUCACAUCGGCGAACUCACACAGGGGAGAAACUAUUUAAAUGUUUGGAAUGUGGAAAGACUUCCACUGAUAGUCGAACACAUGCAGUACAUCAGCGAACUCACACAGGGGUUAAACCAUUUAAAUGUAUGGAGUGUGGAAAGAGCUUUGGUCAGAGUUCCCACCUUCGUACACACCAGCAAACUCACACAGGGGAGAAACCGUUUAAAUGCUUGGAGUGUGGAAAGAGCUUCAGUCAGAGUGCACACCUUAACACACAUAAACAUACUCACACAGGGGUGAAAGACUUUAAAUGCUUGGAGUGUGGAAAGAGCUACAGUCGACGUGAUAAACUUAGUGAACAUCAGAGAACUCACACAGGGGUUAAACCAUUUAAAUGUAUGGAGUGUGGAAAGAGCUUUGGUCAGAGUGCACACCUUAACAUACAUAAACAUACUCACACAGGGGUGAAACAGUUUAAAUGCUUGGAGUGUGGAAAGAGCUACAGUCGACGUGAUAAACUUUGUAAACAUCAGAGAACUCACACAGGGGUUAAACCAUUUAAAUGUAUGGAGUGUGGAAAGAGUUUCCAUCAGAGUGCACAGCUUGCUUUACAUAAACGUACUCACACAGGGGAGAAACCCUUUAAAUGUAUGGAGUGUGGAAAGAGCUUUAGUUGGAAGAAUCAGCUUAAUUCACAUCAACGAACUCACACAGGGGAGAAACCCUUUAAAUGUAUGGAGUGUGGAAAGAGGUUCAGUGAAAGUUGCUCCCUUAAUAUUCAUCAUCGAACCCACACAGGGGAGAAACCAUUUAAAUGUAUGGAGUGUGGAAAGAGUUUCCGUCAGAGGAUACACCUUACUUUACAUAAACGUACUCACACAGGGUGAAACACUAAAUGCUUGGAGUGUGGAAAGAGCUUCAAUCAACGUGAGAAACUUAGUGAACAUUCACUCAAUGUUCAUUCUUUUACAUAGAAUUCUAAAAUGCUAGAGUUGACAUAAUUUGAGGGGUUUUGGAUGGGGCAGUGUGGAAACACAUUCACUUUAUUUUGAUUACUUCUCUGGAACAAAUGAACCUCAAAGGGAGACUAGCAUGACAACCCACCAAGAGGUUCAGUGCUGUCACUUGUGGACUGAAUCAGGACAAUGGAUAUUUUUCACAAUAUGUGGGUUAAUCGUAUUCACAGUGCCAACUCCAGUGGUACCUUGGUUUAAGAACAACUUAGUUUAUGAACAACUUGGAAUAAGAAUGCUCCAAACCCGUAAGUAGGUGUUUGGGUUGGUGAACUUUGCCUUGGAACCAGAACAUGUUCCGCUUCCUGUUGAGUGUGUUCUGUUUGUAAAUUGAGUCCCCCACUGCUAAUCAGAGGCUUCCUGUUGAGUCUGUUGGCUGUUGAGUCUGGAGCUCCCACACAACACAGAAGCAAUAUUUGGAGCUUUUGUCUUUGCUAUUUUUUGCGUUUUUGUUUGUGUGGGGUUUUCAUUAUUUUUUUUUACUGUGACUUGUUCUUUGUUUUAUGGUACUGACUUUUGACUGUGGCUUGUGACUUCGUUUUUGUGACUGUGUGGAACCCAGUUCAGCUACUGGUUGAUUGUGUGAUUGCAGAAAUGGAUAAAAGCCCCCCAUCCAAACAAUUACUAUCAUCAGUGCACAUAAGAAAAUAAUAAUAAUUUUGAGUUUUAUCAUCUACAAUACUGUCUCAUUUAUUUUCUUGUACAGAACAUUGAUUAUUGCCUUCCUUUUAUGGAUCAAUGGUCUUGUUAGAUAGUUUAAUUCAUGUUAAAUUGCUGUUUUAGUGGGGUUUUUUAUUGUCUGGAACGGAUUAAUCCAUUUUCCAUUACAGUGGUACCUCGCAAGACGAAUGCCUCGCAAGACAAAAACUCGCUAGACGAAAGGGGUUUUUGUUUUUGAGUUGCUUCGCAAGACGAUUUUCCCUAUGGGCUUGCUUCGCAAGACGGAAACGUCUUGCAAGUUUGUUUCCUUUUCUUAACACCGUUAAUACAGUUGUGACUUGACUUCGAGGAGCAACUCAUAGAACGCGGUGUGGUAGCCUUUUUUGAGGUUUUUAAAGACUUUGGUGAUUUUUGAAGCUUUUCCAAAACUUUCCCGACACCGUGCUUCGCAAGACGAAAAAAAUUGCAAGACGACACAACUCGCGGAACGAAUUGAUUUCAUCUUGCGAGGCACCACUGUACUUUCUAUGGGAAAGCACGCCUUGGUUUAAGAACGCAAUGGUUUAAGAAUGGACUUCCUGAACAGAUUAAGUUCGUAAACCAAGGUAUCACACUGAUUUUGUGUGUGAAAACAGCUAUUAAUAAAAGCAGUGGACUUCUAAUCUGGUGAACCGGGUUGGCUUCCCCGCUCCUCCACAUGCAGCUGCUGGGUGACCUUGGGAUAGUCACACUUCUCUGGUGUCUCUCAGCCUCACUCACCUCACAGUGUUUGUUGUGGGGGAGGAAGGGAAAGAUUAUUAGCUGCUUUGAGACUCCUUAAGGGGAGUGAAAGGUGGGAUUUCAAGUCCAAACUUGUGUUCCCAGAAUGUCACCAGUUUUCAUUAAAUGUCCCCUGGAAAACAUGACAGCAGCAUGCUGUGCUUGGCACCCGAUGCUCAUGUUCAUCCCUCCAUGCCCCUUUCCGCCCCCUCUCUCUCCCCAGCAGCCCAUUCUUUUACAUUCCCUACUGUUACUUUAAAUUGCAACUGACUUUGUGUCAGCGUCCCCAAGCCCUUACUCCACCUCUCUUUCUGUAUAGAAACUGUAUAGAAUUUUACUUGUCGCAAAAUGGAAAGAAGUCCCAGCCAAGAGAGAAUGGAUGCAAGAACUUAUGGAAUAUGCAGAAAUGGUGAAACUUACCAGAAGAAUAAGAAAUCAAGAUAAUAAUUUUUUUAAUAAAAGAAUGGAAAUGGUUUAUUUAAUAUUUACAGAUAAACAUUAUCUGAGAUUUAUUGCUCAGGGGGAAAAGGUCCUGCAAGCUUCCGUUGCGCAGUCUGCUGUUCCGGACUUCUGAGCGUAGCAGAGUAAAAUCACAGCGGUCAAAGCCCUUAGCCUUCUGUCUUCUGUGCGUGCCAUUAGUGUGCAUAAAUCAAGAGCCCACGCAGCUUCUCCUAAGCUAAAAGCAUUUAUUAUUACAGCCGCAGUAACUUAUCCAGUAUCGAACAGAAUGUGAGACAUGUCUGUUCCCUACAAAAGCGAAACCAGAAUAGAACAAAGAAAAACAGAUCCUGGAUGUGACGCAGGAUCCCUCCACCCCACAGAAGGCAGGAUGCAUACACUGAGCUGUUUAACCCUGAAAGCUCACACCCCCUCUCGUCCUGCGCUACUGGGGACCAGUAAGUAUCACCACUUACCCCAACUUCAAACCUCCAUAGAACUCCCCAUGACGCUGGAAGCUCAAAGGUUUCGAUAACCCAUCUGCCAGGUUGUCGUGGCUUGUACAGUACUUCAUCCGCACCAAACCUGACUGGACACUUUGACACACAUUCUGGAAAUGUAUGUCUAUAUGCUUGGUUCUGGCCUUAAACUGCCCAGAUUCUGCCAACUUCAGACAGGGUGGAUUGUCCUCCUAAAUAUUGAUGGGGAGGCAGCAAUCCCCAUAAAUCUCUUGCACCAGGCAUCUAUAGAACACCAGUUGCCGGCACAACUCCAACAGUGUGCUGAACUCAGCCUCAGUAGAGGACAGUGCAAUGAGACUUUGCUUCCGAGACUUCCACCCAACCAGAGAUUCCCCAAACUUUAUUACCUUCCCAGAUAUGGACUUCCUGUUAUCCAUAUUCGCCCAGUCGCUAUCUGCCCAGCAAGUGAGCCUAGUCUCACCUGCAGCUGACAGCUUGAGAUUAAAGUCCUUGGUAUCCUGCAGGUAAAUCAAGCAGCACCCGCUUGAUACCAUGCCAGGUGUUUACACUGGGCUUUGUAGCUUCCCUACUGAGGAGAUUGGUAGCAAAAGCAGUGUCCGGCCUGCUCCAUUGGGACAGAUACAACAGACUAACCAGAGCUGAUUGAAAGAGCUCAGCGUUCUCGAACUCCACGCGUUCUGCUAGUUGACUUUCUUUCAAGUAGCUUGUCUCCAUGGGUGUCAACGCCUGCACAAUCAGACAUUCUGAACUUCUCAAGCAACCACUCAGUCUUGCCUUUCUGACUGAGCAAGAAGCUUCCAUCUUCAGUCCUGACUAUCUGUACACCUAGGUAGAUCUUUACUGCACCUAGGUUCUUGAGCUGAAACCGCUUUCCAAACUCUUUGGCAAACUUCUGCACCUGUUUGUUUGCCCCUGAGGUGUGUAUGAUGUCAUCAACAAAGAUCAACACAAUUUCCUGCGACUCUCCUGACCCUUUAAGGUACAGGCAGCUGUCAGCAAGACUCCUCCUGAAACCUAGCUUCUCUAAGGCUUCAUUCAGGCACAAGUUCCAAUUUCUGGCCAAUUGCUUUAAGCCAUAAAUGGACUUGUGAGGCUUCCAUACAGUAUUUGGCCCAUUGCCCUCAAACCCUGGAGGAGGAAGCAUGUACAUAUCCUCCUGGAGGUCUGAGUUCAAAUAGGCCACAUCCACCUCAAAGUGAUGCACCUGCUUACCUCUGUGCAGCAAUGGCUAAGAGCAUGCGCAGAGUUUCACUUCUGGAAGUAGAAGCAUAUACCUCAGUAAAAUGCAGCCCCUUCUGCUGCGUGAACCCUCUGGCUACUAGCCUAGCCUUGUACUGUGAUUCUCCAGUUGCUGUGGGUUUAAGACAGUAAACCCAGAGGCUGCUCAUGGCCUGUUUGCACACUGGCAACGUCGUGAGAGAAAACACACCUAGAGACUCCAUUGAGCUCAUCUCCUUCUGCAUUGCCUCAUGCCAUUUCCUGGCUUCUUCCUGAAGCAGUUUCUGAACAUCCUCAAAACUCUCAGGUUCACACUGUGCCAUACCAACCCACACAGUUGUGACUGCAAACCUGUCAGGAGGUUUACCUUUCGUUGUGCAAGCUGAACAUCUCAACCCAGUUUCAGGUACCUGCUCUGACCCACUUGUCAGUGUUUGUAAAAGCAAAAAAAGGAGGAAAAGGUUCUGACCACCCUUUCUCUCCUCAGCCUGGUCCUCGGACCCUUGUCGGCACAAAAAGAGUCCACGAGAAUAUCCUUGCAGAGUUUUAUUCUUAAAAGUCCUUGUGCAAAACACGACUGAAUAACUAUACACACCAGCACUAACCAACCAACCCAACCUCCAGACACCAGCCUCAGCACAAACUAACAUUUCUCACUUAUAUAUACAACCUGCUGCAGGCUGCUGAGUCAUGCUGACCCAGCUUUAUUCGCAUUAAAGAAACAGUGGCCAUUUUAGCCGUGACACCCCUUCUGUUUCUUAAAUGCGAAAAACCUAACAGAAACAAUACAUACAUGCAUUAUAUACAUAAACCCAGUUUUGUCAUCAAUUCAUUAUGACAUGUUGCUGGCAAAGGCUUGGUAAACAAAUCAGCAAUAUUAUCUUGUGAUUGACAAUACUCCAGUUUAAUUGUACACCAUCUCUCACAUUCGCAUGAUGGAUAGCAAUAUGUUUUGAUGCGGAUUUCAUUAUUUCCGAGCCAGCUAAUGCAAUGCACGAUUGGCUAUCUUCAUACACUUGGAUAGGCAAAUCAACUUUACAAUCUAGAUCUUUUAGUAUCUGUAUAAACCACAUGAUUUCGUUGCAUGCUAGCAACAGGCUCCCAUAUUCUGCCUCACAGGAUGAGGUCGCAACAAAUCCUUGUUUCUUUGACCUCCAUCCAAUUAUGGAAUUGGCAAACAUCAUAACCAUUCCACUUGUAGAUUUUCUAGUAGCUACACAGCUUCCCCAGUCCGCAUCAACAAAUACUUCUAGUUUUUCGUCUUGUGUACUAGAUAUCUUCAAACAUACAUUUAAUGUCCCCUUUAGAUAUCUGAUAAGCCUUUUCAAAGCACACCAAUCAGCAGUACUGGGUUUAGAUACACGUUGGCUCAGAACAUUUGUAGCACAUGCAAUGUCUGGCCUUGACCACUGGCUUAAGUACAACCGUGAUCCUAUUUUUGAGUGAUACAACUCAGGCUGAUCAAAUUCAUCAUCACACACUGUCUUUGGGAAAUCUGGUGUCAUGGGAGUUUGAACUGGCUUGCAGUUUUCCAUGCCAAACUGCUCUAUCAAAUGAAGAAUUUUCUCUUUCUGACUCAAUAGGAAGCUUCCAUCAGCUUCCUGCCUUACUUCUACUCCCAAGUAAUUGCUUACAGGCCCUAAGGCUUUAAGCUUAAACCUCUUUUCCAGUUGGCUUGUGAGCUUCUGGAUCUCAUCUGUGGAACUCCCUGCCACAAGCAAAUCAUCAACAAAGACUAAGAGCAUUAGAUAUUUGUUGCCUGUCCCCUUGGUGUACAGGCAUGGAUCAGCCACACUCCUUUUAAAACCAAGUUUUACAAGGGCUUCAUUUAAACACUGGUUCCAACACCUUCCACUUUGUUUGAGACCGUAAACAGCCUUUUUCAAACGCCGGGCUGCACCAUUCCCCUCUUCAAACCCAGGGGGUUGUCUCAUUAAUACUUCAUGGCCUAAAUUUGCAUGCAGAUAUGCAGCAUCAACAUCAAAAUGGUGCACUGCUAGUUGUCUUACAGCAGCAAUGGAAAGCAUUAAACGAAAAGUUUCACUCUUUACAGUGGGAGAAAACACUUCAUCAUAACUCCCCCCUUUAAUAUGAGUGAACCCUCUGGCUACUAAUCUGGCUCGAAAGCGUGGUUCCCCAGAUGCAAGGGUUUUCUUUUGUAAACCCACUUGCAUGACACCACUCUGCCACCAGGUGGCGGCAUUAUGACCUCAAACACUUUGUUACGUUUAAAAGAGUCCAUUUCUUCUUUCAUAGCUUGUUCCCACAAAGCACGUUCCCCAGGGGGUAAGUCUAAGACUUCAUUAUAACUUUGUGGUUCCACACAACUCACAUUGCAUACUCUCACUCCUCCUAGGGUCAAACGCUGAGGAGGUACACCCUUGUUUGAAUGCUGAGAGCGUCUAGGCACAACUACUUCUUCCCCCCUUAUCUCUGGCUCUUCUUCCUUUUCCUCUAGAGAAGUAGAGGAAACAUCUUUUGUGGAAAUCUGUGCCUCCUCCUCAUCCUGCUCCUGUGUUGCCAAUGGCUGAGAAGAAGCCUCUUCUCUUACUUGCAGGGACAGUAGGCAAUCAGGGUUGGCAUGGAUCGCAGUCCAUCUGUCCUGGUCAGCAAAGUCUGCACUUCGUGACAGAACCACGCGUCCUGGGCGUAAAUUGAAACGCCACCCUUUGCCAUAGGACUGAUAUCCCACAAACCGCAGUUUCUGCGCUCUUGCGCCCCCUUUCUGGCGCUGAGCUUUGGGGAUAUUUACAUGUGCUCAAGCACCCCAGUUAUGGAGCAUUGUCCACUCUGGUUCUUUCCCAAACAAUACACAAUAAGGAAUAUCUUUUAUAGAGCUAGACCAGGUUCUAUUAUUCAAAAAGUUCGCUGUCAGAAAAGCCUCGCCCCACAGCCUAUGGUUGUGACCCAAUCCUGCAUCCACUAGCAGGCAGUCCUUUACUGACUAUAUUACAGCCCCACGUCUUUCACACAGACCAUUUUCAGCAGGGCUAUAAGGGUUAGUCAAGCGAUGAGUGAUCCCCUUACUUCGCAACCAUGUCCUAAAUUGUUUGUUCAGAAAUUCUCCGCCCCUAUCUGUUUGCAACUGCACAACAGGGCGAGCGAAGAGCUUUUCAGCUUGGGCAACCCAUUCUCUGAAUGUGGGAAACACUCAGAUUUCUGCUUUAACAAAAACAACCAACUAAAACGUGAUUUAUCAUCUAUUACCAGAAAAGCAUAUCUGGCGCCCCCUUCAGUCUUCUGUGGAAAAGGGCCUAUCACGUCACAAUGGACAAGUUCUAAAACCUCUUUAGAUACUCUGUCACUUUUAGAAGCCACAGGCUUCCUCUUAGAUUUGGCCAUUUUACAUACAUUGCAAUCUAGGAAACAGUUACAGCUAUUUACGCACACGGAAAUUGGCGUGACCCAGUUUUCUGUGCAGUUCAUGUACACACCCCUUAUGAACUGGUAAAUUACCCUGAACCACCUGGGCUGCUUUAACAGGCUUGUUCUGCAUUACAUAUAACCCAUUUUCCAUCUUUGCAUGGCCACAUACCUGAGUUCCAUUCUUUAUCAGACAGCCAUCCUGCGUGAACUUAACACUAUACCCUGCAUUAAUCAAACAGCUUACAGACAGUAAACAAUAGUCCAAACUGCUGACAAACAGAGUCUCUGGUAGAGUAAUGUUCAAGCACUGCAGGAAACAUGUUCCCUGGCCAUCAAUCUUGCUUCUACGACCAUCAGCAAGAUAAAUUGAGUCUUUUCCAUCAGCUGGCUUCCCCAGGGUCUUAAAGUCCUCCCGACUGUUGCAGAUAAUCCUGCUGCUGCCAGAGUCCAGCAACCAUGUUCCUCGAGGUAUCUUCCCUCCUCUCGAGAAAAUGCAGACACAAACUGAGCAGAACGCGUGUUCUUCUUCCCUGAAGAGAACCCCUUCUGCUUACGUUUCUGCGUUGAUUGCUGUCUCUGCUCCACGUCGUCUCCUGGAAGUCUUGCCCUGCAUUGACGUUGGAGAUGCCCGGGUUGGUUGCAUCUAUAGCACCUCCUCACCGCCAUGGCCAAGUCCAAGCCUUGGCGUUGCUCCAUUGGCAGAUUCUGCUGCUGGCCCCCUCGACUGUAACUCCUCUGUUCUUGGAGUUCAGCCUGUCUAUCUGACCUUCUUUCUGCUUCUUCGGUCAAUCUUCCAACCACAUACUCAAGGGUCAGAUCUCGGGGACGCAUACUCUCCAUGCUGCUAAUCACAGGCAACCAGCUUUCAGGCAAACUUGAAAGGAUAAUGUAGGUUUGGUCAGUCUCAUCAUAACGCUUACCUCUCUGCUGUAGUUGAAGAAACAGAGAUUUCAGCGUUUGAAGAUGAGUUGCCAAACUCUCACCUUCUUUCAUAACAGUCCUGAACAGCCUUCUGGUCAAAGAAAUUAUAGUUCCAGCAGUUUCUCUGACAUGCAUUGCCCUUAAUAAAUUCCAGCACUCAAACGCUGUGCUGGCAUUUGCUACAUGCAAUAACUGAGAGUUGCUCAAACACAGCAUAAUUUGGGCACGGGCCCUUUCAUCCAGCCAUUUUUUCUCAGCAGAGUCCCGUCUCAAAACCUCAGUUUCAACACAGUCCCAUAGUCCAUCUCUCCUUAACAACUGCUGCAUUUUAAUUGACCAACUCAGCCAGUUGCUUUCUGAGAGAAGUUCAAAAGGGAUGCCUCCCCAAUAUUUACAACUUGGGUAGACUGGAAAUCUGCCAUCUCUGCUGGUGCUUGCUGAGCCCCUUCUGUGGGGUCUACAGCAAUCUCUCCUGACUCUCUCUUUAGAGUCCGACUGGACAGUCCUGGCUGGCACUCACCGGCAUCUAGCUGCUGCCUCUGUUGACCCUCAGGUCCUGCCUGGCUCUGCAACUGGUGUAGCCGCUCUGUGAGUCGCCUACUGUGGUCCUCUAGCAGUUCAAACUGUUCCAGUAGCCGACGCUGAAUGCUUUCCUGAUCCUCACAUCCUAGCCACUCCAGCGUCACUGCAGACAGUUACAGCUUGCCACCAACUGCUCCAACGCACAGCCACUGGCUCCAUACACCACCAGGACUCACCAGCACCCUGCUGAGAUGCUGUCAGUCGUUUUGCACUCUGCACAUGCUCAGAAACACUGGGCCCAUAACCUGUCAGUGUUUGUAAAAAGCAAAAAAAGGAGGAAAAGGUUCUGACCACCCUUUGUCUCCUCAGCCUGGUCCUCGGACCCUUGUCGGCACAAAAAGAGUCCAUGAGAAUAUCCUUGCAGUUUUAUUCUUAAAAGUCCUUGUGCAAAACGCGACUGAAUAACUAUACACACCAGCACCAACCAACCCAACCUCCAGACACCAGCCUCAGCACAAACUAACAUUUCUCACUUAUAUAUACAACCUGCUGCAGGCCGCUGAGUCAUGCUGACCCAGCUUUAUUCGCAUUAAAGAAACAGCGGCCAUUUUAGCCGUGACACCACUAGGGCCAGCUAGAAUGUUCUUGGUGUCAGAGAGCUCCCCCUCUGACUUACUGCACCAUCUAGACUUCUCAGCUGAACCUGUGGGUGAGUAAGGAGCACUUCUCUGUUCAAGCUUCCCAGCUUUUGGAGAAGUUCUUCCCUCUACCUGCUCUGGGUCGGGACUUUGUGCCUCAGCAGCAUGUUCAACCUCUACCUCUUCCUCAUCAUCAGAGUCAAGCAGACUCUCAGAAAGAACAUCAGGGUUCCCAUGUAUGUGUGUCCACCCAUUCUGCUCACAGAAUUCAACAUUGUUGCUGAGCAGAAUCCUGGACUGAUUGCCUGUUGGAUAGGCAAAUCUCCACCCCUUGGUCCCUGGCUCAUACCCACAGAAAACCAUCUUUUGGGACCUAGGGCCACCCUUUCUGCACUUGGCCUUUGGCACAAGGACCCAAGCCUCGCAGCCAAAUACACCUUGGGCUUCUUGCUGUGCAGCAGGAAAUAGGGUGUGUCCUCUACAACAGAACUUGAAUGACCGGUUCAACGUGAAAUUAGAAUUUUUCCAGGCCUCCCCCCCAAAAGCACUGGGGGAGCCCAGUAUCAAACAGCAAUGCUGCGGACAUCUCCUGAAGCGUUCUGUUCCUGCGUUCUGCAACGACAUUCUGUUGGGGACUGUCAACCUGUGAUGUAUUCCCUUCUGGCAGAAGACACUUUGCAGCACAGACAUGGUGAAUUCCCCACCGUGGUCAGUCUGAAAGUUACACACGUGUGUGGAAUAUUGUAGUUCCACUGCCGCAAUCUAGUCUCUGAUCAGCGGCACAGCCUCGCUCUUGUGUUUCAAUAUGAAUAGCCACUCAUUUCUACAGAAAUCAUCUAUCAGAGUGAGAGCAUAUUUGGCCCCGCCCAGACUGGCUACUGGCAUGGGGCCACACAAAUCUACAUGCACCAGCUCAAAAGGUCUGGUGGUCACUCUUUCAGACCUUGGGUAGGAGCACGUUUUCACCUUUGCCUGCUUACAAGCCCUGUAAUCAAUAAAUUUAGCACAUGACUUCAUUUUGCACCCCUCAGUGCACUCUGGGAUCUUCUUCACGUAAUCCCAGGACACGUGACCCAUUCUCUAUUGCCAAAGAUGAUGGCAUGCAUCAUGGACUGGAACGUUGGCACAUUGCGCUUCAGCUGCCUCAGUGGUACCUGGACCUGCAAGAGAAGCUUCUAGCACAAACAGCCUAUCUUUACAUUCCACACUGACCAGUUGUUGCCCAUCCCUGGAAAUAAAACACGUUAUUCUCAAAAUAGACUCUGUAACGAUCAGCAAGAAGAGCAGCAACAGAUAGCAGACAGCAGGACAAUCCGGGGACGACAAACGCCUCUAUUGACUCCUGUAAGAAAGAGCAGAACAGUGAGCCAGAUUGUGUCAGAGGACGUUUGGUUCCAUCUGCAAGACAAACCGAUUUCCCAGAUUUUACAGAGGUGCAGUUCCACAAAAGAUCACUAGAUGGCACAAGGUGGUGGGAGGCACCAGAAUCGAUUACAAAGGUCAGCACAGCGUCCUGUUCACACCCCUUUACUGUUGCCAUGGAAGCUGCUAGGUGCCUUUGUUCAGAGCUAUCCCUGCCAGUUCCCUUUGUUUUCUGCUUCCCAUGUUUCGUAGAUGUGCUGGGUCUUAUCUGUUGGUUGCUACAGGAGAUGACCUUAGGUCUUUCCGGAGCCUCUACAGGGCAGUCUCUCACAACAUGGGAGGGGGACCCGCAUCUGUAGCAGCAUCUUGAAGCAAAUGCCCGCACAGUAUCCCCUCCACUCCUUCCUACGUUCCCUGCACCCCCACCUCUGGGUGCACAGCCUGGGCCUGAAGCUCAAACCCCAGCUCUCUGUCUCCUGGCCUCUUCAUCACGUGGCCUCCCGGAGAUAAAGCAGAAGCUCCCAGCUGUGGUUUCAGGAACGUGGCCUUCAGCUCCCUCACGGCCCUUGGCUCCCACUCAGCCCUUGGCUCCCGCUGUGGUUACACAAACCCUCUCCAGCGCCUGCCAAGCAGCCUGAGCCAUCUUGAGACUCUCAAAGCAUCCAUGCUAGCUCUCAGCAUACACAGUACCUGCUGCUCUCUCUUCAGAGCAGCCUCCACGUCUGCUGCAGCAGCUCCAGCAGCAGCCUGGAAGGGUGGAGUUGGUUCUCUCUGAGAGCAGCUCCAGAGCCCUGUGGCCAAAAACCAUCCCCUUGCUUUUCUUGACCAGACCUCCCAAUUCUGGCUGUUGAGCCUUUCAAACGGGACAUUGAAAGUCCCUUGAAGUUUUGCCAUCUCCUCCCCCGGGGCUCAGUACUCACGCGUGCCAGCCGUCUUCCGGUGACAAAGUGCCUGCUUUGUCACAGGGUGGUUGUGGGAAUAAGAUGGUGAGCAGGCAGAAGAAGUGUGUACGUCGCCUGCAGCUUGUUGAAGGAAAGGCAGAUUGCCAUUGUAAAAAUAAUACAACAUAUUGGGGGUGCCAAUGAAUAAAAUAUUGCGGGGGUCCAGGUAAUCUGCGUCCUGCAUAAUUGAUCACAUGACGCAGUGCAGCCACCCCAUUUGACUGGCAGUGCCCAUUGACUUGAGGGGAAGGACCCGGCCCCCACAAAUAUUUUAUUGCGGGGGGGGGGGGUGAAGCCCCUAGGGCUCCUAGGAGGUGGCUCCUGUGCAACAUAUUAAACCCACUAAAGCAGAGAAAAGGCUGUAGUCAUUAACACUGGUCAGUGGGAGGAAGAAUGAAACUAAGCCUUUCUAAAGAAGGACAUGCCAAGCCAGGCAGGUAAAGGAGGGGGAAAUGAAAGAUGCUAUGGCGGAAGGGGAGGGGGGACGCUCUUAGGUUACAGAUCUGGCCACGUUCUUCCAGUGACGCCUUUGCAAAGCGCGUGCAUCCUGAGGCUGUUCCAUCUUUCCGCAAGAGCAUUUGAUGCCAUGCACACCCCCACAAUAUAUAUGUGUGCAUAUGUGUGCAUAUGUAUAUAUAUGCUGUGUGUGGGCGUGGGCAUCACUUUCAAGGCAAUAUAUAUAUAGAUUGCCAUGAAAGCGAAGCCCGCGAGGGGCCCUAUCCUCCAGCCAGGCUGGUUUUCCAUCCAAGCCUCAAAUCCAGCGUCCUUCUUUGCGGGAUCCGGAUCCCUCCUCCUGUCUUGACCCGAAAAACGCAACUGGCGAGGUGCGCAGGUAGUGCUAUUUGGGGAGGAGGGGGAGGGUGAAGGGAAUAGAGAGCGCCCGGCUGCCUAGAGAGGCCUGGAAACAGACCCUCCCCUGUCCCCCCCCACCUCCCCUCCCCGCUCGUCUUGGGUGGUCCCUCCUGAUGCAGUGGAAGGUGCGCACGGGAGAGAUGCGGCUCGAAGGGGAGGGGUGAGUCGUGCUAAGGGGGAGAUUUCGUGGGUGGGGGACCCGAAUACGAGGGUGUUGGGGGGCUGAGGAAGGAAGGGAAGGAUCUCUGGGAGGGAAGCCCAGCCUUCUUGCUCCUGCUCAGGACUCUCCUUUAAGUCACAUCCCUGCACGAGGCGAGGGGCGUCCUAUCCCCCCCCCCAAGCCUUUCUUCCCUGGAAGCUGGAUUCCUGCCCCCUUCCUCCUCCCAAUGGGGAAGCCGGAUCUUCUGGGGGAUCCAAACGUGGGGCGCUGCCUUACACCGAGUCCGCCCUUCGGUCGACGUGGGUCAGAAUUGCUUAGGGUUGCUGCCGCCUUUGUUCUGGCAAAAUACGAGCAGGGCGGUGAGGGGGGGCGCGCGCGCGGGAGUCUAUUAUUAUUAUUAUUAUUUGGCGCUGAAUUGACUUCAAAGCGACCCAUUACAAUCUAUUGCAGCCUAAUUCCCCUCUGUGGAAUUUUAUAAAAAUGCCUGCAUUAUUUUUCGUCUUUCUUUGAGUCCUGGCCAUAGUCUUUUCUAGGGUACGCGGUCUGGGGGGAGGGGCUACAGCGGAAGGGAAGCCAGGCUGGAGGAAGAGAGUUGGGGAGGACCUGGCAGCCAGCAGAGUAGCUGGGGAAACCUUGCCUGAUGGGCGGGAAAUAAUAAUAAUUGUUUAUUAUUGUGGGGUUUUUUUAUUGAGGUCACUGGGAGCUUGUGGCCAGGGAGGCUGCAAUGCCAAAGCUCCCAUCUAACAGAGAUAAAAGUAGACGCAAAAGGCAUGACUCUAGUCAUGAUGAUGAUGUUAUUAUAUAUAUGCCACCCAUCUGGCUGGGUUCACCCAGCUAUUCUAGGCGGCUGGGUUUUCUUGCAUGGUGGGUUUGAAGAGGAAAGCACCCCUCUUUCACCAUGGAGACUGUGUGUGGUAUCUCCACACACAGUGACUUACCCUUCAACAGCUAAACCUCUGGAGCAGGAAAAUGCUUCCAGGUCUGUGAAGCUCCUUUUGUUUCUUCUUCCCUCUCAGGAACCUGCAGCUUGUUUUGGCUUCUGAGCUCCCUAGGAAGUUUGAAAGAGUCUGAUCCUGCAAAGCUAGCGAGGAUGGAAGGGGGAAGAUGGACGGUUGACUUGGUCAGGCUGCCUCCUGCCUCCCUCCCCAAACCUGUUGAGCAUUCCCUCCCAGGGCCCUCAGAGAGAUCUGGUGAGUUCCAGGGGAGUGGAGAUAGGAACACAGAUGGUCAGUAGAUGAAUGGUAAAGAGGGAAACGUCCCAGGCUUUUGAAUUUUAGGUGUUAUGUCUACAACAGGACUCCUGGCUAGUUUCUAAACUCCCCUUCUUGGGAAAGGUUCUUUAAAAAAAAUUCGGGUUUUUUUAAAGUAACAAAUGCAUUUAUAACGAAAUAAAUUACAAAUCCAUAAACAGAGAUUACUCUGUAUCGCAUGACUCCCCCCCCCAUCCCCUCUGUGGGUUCUAAUAUUACCAUCUACAACUCCAUAUCAGUCAGUUGUCCAUAUUUUCCCAUCCAUCUGAAUGGUCCAUGAUCUUUAAUACCUUACCAGUGUGGUUAAAAUCCUGCUAAUGUUUUCAUCUAUUUACAAUGGUCUCCUAGGUAAAUUAUAAUUUCCCCCCAUUCUCUUGUCCUCUUAGUUUUCUACGGGUGGUGCUAAGUGCCCUCUGUCUUUGAGCUCUUUGCUCUCCUACUUUUAAGGCUCACUGGGUUCUGGGAGAUGGUGGGUCUGGAAUGCUUUCUAGUGACAAUUGGUCAGCCAGCUGCUGCUCUGGCUCUCCUAUGAUUUCCCAACUUUCCCCCUCAUCUGCCUCUGAGCUGUGACCUCCCUCAAACCUGUGCUAUAAAUCUAUGCUGCCUUCCUCCCUCUGUCCCCUUCCCCUCAGUGUUACAGUCACAGCUUCUCUUAACAUCCCUUCACUCUAAAAAUAGUUGUUAUACUUCCAUUUCUGUUAGAGAGGUGUUUCAGUUGAAUAAUACAACAUAGCUUCCUUCCCUGAUCAGUGCCCUGGUUCAGGUGCGAGGGGCACUUUUCCUCAGUCCCCCUUCUCUCUAAGCAAUCCAACUCCUGAGGUAAUUCCAAAAUGGCGUAACAGACCCAGGGGAUCCCCUCCCCCCUUGUGACUGGCUUGGGGGUCUUCUCUCCCUGUCACGGUCCGGUUCACAGGCGAUCAAAGUCUCGGCUGGGAAUGUUGGGACCAGGGGCAAGAUGAGGUGGGAACAGGAACGGGAGUCCAGAAGCCAGGAGUUGGGAAGCCAAGAGUCCGAGGGUCAGAGAGCUGGGAGUCAAGAAGCCGAGGGUCAAGAAGCAAGGAGUCACGAAGGCAGGGGUCCAAGGAGCAAGGAGUCACAAAGGCAGGGGUCCAAGGAGCAAGGAGUCACAAAGGCAGGGGUCCAAGGAGCAAGGAACCAAACGCAGCAAGGCAGGCAACGUGUUGCUGUGGCAAAGAGCUGAAGGGAAAAUGCUGACCUUAUACAGUGGUACCUCGGGUUAAGUACUUAAUUCGUUCCGGAGGUCCGUUCUUAACCUGAAACUGUUCUUAACCUAAAGAACUACUUUAACUAAUGGGGCAUCCCGCUGCCGCCGCGCUGCCACCGUGUGAUUUCUGUUCUCAUCCUGAAGCAAAGUUCUUAACCCGAGGUACUAUUUCUGGGUUAGUGGAGUCUGUAAGCUGAAGCGUAUGUAACCCGAGGUCCCACUGUAUCCCUUCCCAGCUCUUGCCACCAGGUGCUGUGAGUUACCAAUCGGCCUCACCUGUGAGGCCGCGCCUUGCCUCUUCAGAACAAACUUAGGAAGGCCCCAGUCCUGAUCACAGGGCCUGGCUCCUGCAUGCACACCUGACACUCCCUAGAAGAAUUGCCCCUCCGGACUGGCAGGUGCCCCGGGGGAGCUUGAAUUCCCUCAGGUUCUGCUUCUCCUGCCUCAGUCAGCCCUCCCAGGACACCCCGUCUGUAGACCUUCCCCAGACCCCCAACCGGGUUUCCCUCUCCAAGCUGAGAGGGUCUUUCCUCUCACUAUGCGCAGUCUCCUCAGGGUGGGUGUUCAACCCAAAUCAGAACCAAUUUUUCCUCAGACAAAUCCUAUCCUCCUCCCACCUCUGAACAAUCCCUCCCCCUCUUCUCAAAUCCAGCCCUGGCUCUCCUCUCAAAUCCAGUCCUGUCCCUCAACCUGAGCCCCAUCUGACUCUAACUUCUCAAGUCAAGCCCUUCUCCAACUCUCUUCCCUCAGAAACAGCUCUUUCUAUUUUCCCUCCAAACGUGCUGGCUCCGCCCCCUCCGUCUUGGGAACCAAUCAGAGAGAGGCUCCGGCCCUCUGGCGGAAUUUCAGGGGAACUGCAUCACCAGACUGCUGCCCCUCACAUGUCAUUUUGAUAUCUUAGUAUUAUUAUUAUGCAUAAAGCAAAUGGCAAAAGUAGUACGUAAUGGCUCAUUCGUCAGGGCUUCAGUUUGCCUGGACUCCAGUUCAUUUCGCCAUCACAAAGUGCAUCUGAUGAACUAGGUUUCUGCUUCAUGGAAGCUUCCCUCUCCUCCGCCUGUCCAUGCUUUCCCCAGUCCUCCUCUCCCCGCAACAGAGGAAUAAAGGAAGCAGGGGGCUUUGGCUGACCGUCUGCGGAAAGGAAAGGAGGGCAGAACAGGUGUUUCCACCCACUACACCACACUGCCUCUCUUGACCCCGGGGUAGAGGAUGCAGCCCCUUCUUCAGGACGCAGCCGGCUUCUGCAUCUCGCCUCGCUGUGUCCUUUUUGCAGAGCUCACCUCCAGUCUAGAGUCCUGGGCAUAGCCAGGAUUUAUAUCAGGGGUGCAGAACCGAGCUAUCUGCAACGCGAUAGCUUGAUUGCUAUCUUGAUUACUUGAUUACUUGAUUAUCUUGAUUACUUGAUUACUUGAUACUUGAUUGCGCGCGGUGGGGGGUAGAGCUGCCCCCUGGCUGCUCCUAAGUCUGAAGGCUGACAGAAACGAGGGUUUCCUUCGGGGGCGGGUGGAGAAUAUUCCCUCUACUUCCGCAGAGUUGCAUUGACUUCCUCCAUCCCACCCGCUCCCCCAGGGAGAGAACCUCUUGCUUUGAAAGGGGCAGCGCAUGGCAUCCUCGGCGGACCAGGAUGGUGCAGACUGGCAGGUGGAGGCCGUCUCUCGUGGAUGCUUCCGUGGAGAGUCCAGCAUCGCAGCGGGUUGGGCUGGAUGACCCUUGUGGAGCCCCUUGAACCUCUCCUAUUCCCCGAUUCUCUUAUUGGAAGCCAACCAGCCCCAUAUUGGUCUUGCACCCUGGUCCUGGCCUCCCCCGCCGCCCCUGAGGAUGUUAGAAUCCUAGAGUUGGAAGGGGACCCGAGGGUCAUCUAGUCCAACCCCCUGCAAUGCAGCGCUCUUUUGCCAAACAUGAGUCUCGAACCCGCAACCCUGAGAUGAAGGACCUCAGGCUGUACCCACUGAGCCAUCCCGCCUAUCGCCCCUCCAAUAUGUCAUUCCCCACCCCAAGGGGCUUGUGGCUCCCUAGGAGUUCGCCUCUAAGGAUGCCCCUUUCCCAGCCUGGAAGCCGAGCCGAGCCUUGCCGAGUCAUGUUCUAAAUCUGGCGGGAUCUCAUGACGGGAUCGGGAUCCCUCUCGGUGCCUCGCCAGCUUUUUCCUGGGCAAGAAUCUCCGAGAGGCGAGGCUACGUAGGGGUUAAGGAGAGCGAGAGAGCCCGGUUGCCUAGAGCGGCCUGGAAAAGGCCCCUCUCUCCGUCCUUCCGACUCGCCUCCUCUUUCAGCUUGUCUUGGGAGGCCUCUGGGGCGGUGAGUCCUUUGGGCGAAGGGGAGGCUGUGGGGCGACGGGGGGUGGGGUGCAGAGGAGGCUGUUGGGGGGCUGAGAGAUGAAUGGGAGGAUCCCCUGGGUUGGUGGGGGGAAGGGAAGCCAUGGUUCCCAAGGCCUCUGAGGUCCCAGCACCCCCCACACACCUACGACCCCCGGGGGUGAGAGCGGGCUGUUUGGGGGGCUCGGAAGUGGGCGCCCCUUGAGAAGAGGGGGCUCCAAGUGGGGAAAGAGGGUGGGCAUCCAUCUUGGCAUCCAUCUUGGGUGAUGCUUUCCUUGCGACCCCUGCAUUGCUGGGAGUUGGACUAGAUGACCCUCGGGAGCCCUUCCAUUUCCACAGUUCUAUGGUUCUGGGGGGGUGGAGCAUUGGAGCCAACUUCAUGGGGCCGGGAGGGGUUUGGCCCCCACAGUAAAACACUUGAGGGGCCUGGAGUGAGUGGGUGGGUGUCUGUGCAUUGUAUCAUGUGAUAUUAUAUGGAGCAAGGCUUGCUGCCACCCCCAAUAUUUAAUUCAAGUUUGCACCCCUAGGGUAGAGAGAGUGUGUGAUAGGAAUUUUGAGGUCUUAGAUAUAUGUUAAAUGUUCAUAACCUGGAACCAUUUUUGAUUCCCAAACUGUCCCAAACUGACCAAAUGUUUUCUCUGCAAGGUCAAAGGAAAAUGGAAAAGCCUCCCCGUUGUCCUUUCCUUCACAAAUCCUAUCUUAAGGGUAUGUCUGUGUUUGAACAGGGUGAGCCUGUGACCUGACUCAGGAACUAAGUAUUUAUCAUUACUAAAUAUUUAUCGGUACAAAAGACUGGCCAGGCUCCCCAGGGUAUCCAAUCAAUUAAGCAGGGUAUCCAAUCAAGUAACCUGCCAGACAGGAGAUAAACGACAGAAGAAAAGCAACAUUCAAAUUUCUGUUUUAGACCGCCUUUUCUGUGAUGUAGGUAUGAUUUAUCUGGGGUGGUGGUCUUGAGCUACAGGGUGGCAAUUUCAAAAUGUCUAUAUAAGGCCUUGCACGCCAUUGUUCUGGGUUCCUCCUGUCCUGUGCGUGGUGAGUGAGGACCCUGUUGCAACAGAUCAAUAAAGAUCAGGCUUACUAGCUGCUUUGCUUCUCAAUAUUCUCUGGUUGGUCUCUGUUAUUUUCUCCUACUAAUAGGAAAAAGGGCAGAUUUUGUUUACAAGAGAGAGACGUGUCCUUUGGGAGAAAGGGCUCCAUCUUGGGCGCUGGCAGGGAAAUCUCCAGAGGCAAGAUUUCCAAGAUGGCAGAAAGAAAGGAAGUCAGAAGGAAAGGAGUGUUUUUUAAUGGAGUGAAGGAGAGUCACCCUUCUUUUCCUGUAGGAGGGGUUGCUGGGGUGCCUCUUAGGGAGGGAAUCUCUGCAGGGGUCUGGGGCUGCCUUGGCUUCUCUCCCCCCCCCCCCGCCCCCACGACUUGUUUAAACUUUGAGCUCUGCAAAAUAUUUUGAAAGAGGCUGGAUCUGACCAUCAUCAUUGCUAUCCGAGGCUAGGAGAGGUGUGCUGAGUUCCAGGGGGUUGUGUGUGGAGGAGAAAUGAAUGGAUGGGAGCUGGAGGGGGAAAUGACCCCCCCCCCACAAAAGUCAAGAAAGCCCUGGCUGGAGGAAGGGAGUGGAGCAGUCUUCUCCAAAGUAUUCACCUGGUACAUGUUUCUAGGUGUCACAGAAGAGGAGGAAUAUGCAGAGCAGACCUUUGCAGAUUUACUCAUAAGGAAGCCCCCAUGGGGAGAGGACAGAUUGAAUUGGUAUCACCAAAAAAACCUUAAAAAUGGGGCUCCUGUUGGGAAGGAGGAGCCCUUUGGGGCUUUUCUAGGGGCAGCAGAAUGUUUUGGGCAGGAGAAUCCCUGCAGGGCCUCUGAGGCUCCCUUUGCUUCUUCCUCCCUCCCAGGAACCUGCAUCUUCUGAGCUCCUCAGGAAGGAUGAAAGCGGCUGAACCUGCAAACCUAGCAAGGAUGGAAGGAGGAAGAUGGACAGUUGACCUUAUCAGACUGCCUCCUGCAUCACUCCCCAAAACCUCUGGGCAUUUUCUCCCAGGACACUCAGAGACAUCUGGUGAGUUCCUAUGGAGUGGAGAUAGGGACACACAAGGAUCGCUAGAUGGAUGGUGAAGAGGAAAACCUGCCCCCAGGCUUUUGAAUGUUAGGUGCUAUUUCCACUGCAGGACUGCUGGCUUAGUUGCUAAUCUCCCCUUCUUGGGCAAGGUUCUUAAAAAAAAAAAAAUCUGGAUUUUUUUAAACAAAAAGAUUUUUUUUAUUAGAAAAAAAAAAAAUUACAAAUCCAUAAACGAAGAUUACCCUGAAUCUUGUGGCUUCCCCCCAUCCCCUCCGUUGGUCCUAAUAUUACCAUCUACAACUGCAUAUAAGUCCAUUGUCCAUAUUUUUCUGUUCAUCCAAGUUAUCCAUAAUCUUUAAUACCUUAUAAGUGCAGUUAAAAUCCUUCUAAUGUUUUCAUCUGCUUACAACGGUCUCCUAGAUAAAUUGUAAUAUCCCUAUUAUUAUUAUUUAUCCCAACCAUAUAGGCAGCUGGGUUUUCUUUUCAUUUUUCCUUUAGGGGUGUGUGUUCAUGAAGCAUGCGUACUAGUUCUUAAACUAUCAUCUGCUAUUUCUCCUUGUUAUCUCGAGUCACCUCUAAACUAUAAAUCUAUCACUCUCAGGGUCAGCAUGGGCCUUGAACAAAUUCUUAGUCUUUCUUAGUCUUAAUUGCACCCUCUAACACGAAAAGGAGUUUAGGUAGAAUCCUUUGAUUCAGCUAAGGAUUCAUUUUUAUUCAUUUAUUCCACAUUGGGGCAGGACCUAUUUUUCUUGCUUGGUGGGUUUCAAGUGGAAGGCACCCUUUUUCACCAUGGAAACAGUGAAAGACUUACCCUUCAACAGCUAAAUGUGAAGCUCCUUUUGUUUCUUCUUCCCUCAGGAACCUGCGGCUUGUUUACGCUUGGGAGCUCCUCAGGAAAGAUGAAAGAGUCUGAUAAUGCAAACCUAGCGAGGAUGGAAGGAGGAAGAUGGACGGUUGACUUGGUCAGGCUGCCUCCUGCAUCCCUCUCCAAAACUGUUGAGCAUUCCCUCCUAGGGCCCUCAGAGAGAUCUGGUGAGUUGCAGGGGGUAAGAGAUGGGCGCAGGGAUGGAAAGAGACAGGAGCAGGGAAACACAUUGGCAAGGGGAAAAGAUGGAGAGGAGAGAAAAGGCAGGAAGAAGGAAGCAGAGAGGCCUUUUCCCAUGCUCCUCUUUGUUUCUGGAAUCUGCUUUCAUAGAGUAGCCAGAAACCUUUUUCCUCUCACAGCCUUUUGAUUUUACAUGUUUUCCCCCCACUACAUGAUUAAAUGAUGAUUAUUACCUAAACUAAUACAGAAAUAUGGGAAAAGGGUGUUGUGGAAAUGCUUUUAGUAAUUAUAGAUUAUUUAUUUUUUUGAAACACUUCUACCACUUUUAUUUUUUUCUAGACAAUUAUAAUUAUGUAUGUAAUUUAUAUAUCUCCAUUCAUACAAAGAUAUUCCUUGAAACCCUAAAAGCAUUUAUCCCUUUGCUCCAAAGCAGGUGGUGCAGACAAUCGACAGAACUCUGCAGAAUGUGGAAUGAGCUUUAUUGAUGGUGGAAACCUUACAAACCAUCAACAAACUCACAUGGGGGAAAGACCAUUUGAAUGUAUGGAAUGUGGAAAGAGUUAUAGUAGUAAUGGCAUUCUUAAACAUCAGCGAAUUCAUACAGGGGAAGAACAAUAUGAAUGUUUGGAGUGUGGUAAGUGCUUCAGUACUGGUGGAAAUCUUACAAGACAUCAACGGACUCACACAGGAGAGAAACCAUUUAAAUGUGUGGAGUGUGGGAAGUGCUUCAGUACGGGUGGAAAACUUACAAGACAUCAACGGACUCACACAGGAGAGAAACCAUUUAAAUGUAUUGAGUGUGGAAAGAGCUUCAGUGAAAGUUGGUCCCUUCAUAUGCAUCAUCGAAGUCACACAGGGGAGAAACCAUUUAAAUGUAUGAAGUGUGGAAAGAGUUUCAGUUCCGGUUCAAGCCUUGCUUUACAUCAUUACACCCACACAGGGGAGAAACCAUUUGAAUGUAUGGAGUGUAAAAAGAGCUUCAGUGACAGGGGAACACUUAGAAAACAUCAACUAAUUCACACAGGGGAAAAGCCAUUCACAUGUAUGGAGUGUGGAAAGAGCUUCUGUCAUAUUGGUAAACUUCGAGUACAUCAACGGACUCACACAGGGGAGAAACCAUUUGAAUGUCUAGAAUGUGGAAAAUGGUUCAGACGAAAGACACACCUCACUUCACAUCGGCGAACUCACACAGGGGAGAAACUAUUUAAAUGUUUGGAAUGUGGAAAGACUUCCACUGAUAGUCGAACACAUGCAGUACAUCAACAAACUCACACAGGGGUUAAACCAUUUAAAUGUAUGGAAUGUGGAAAGAGCUUUGGUCAGAGUUCCCACCUUCGUACACACCAGCAAACUCACACAGGGGAGAAACCGUUUAAAUGCUUGGAGUGUGGAAAGAGCUUCAGUCAGAGUGCACACCUUAACACACACAAACAUACUCACACAGGGGUGAAAGACUUUAAAUGCUUGGAGUGUGGAAAGAGCUACAGUCGACGUGAUAAACUUAGUGAACAUCAGAGAACUCACACAGGUGUUAAACCAUUUAAAUGUAUGGAGUGUGGAAAGAGCUUUGGUCAGAGUGCACACCUUAACAUACAUAAACAUACUCACACAGGGGUGAAACAGUUUAAAUGCUUGGAGUGUGGAAAGAGCUACAGUCGACGUGAUAAACUUAGUAAACAUCAGCAAACUCACACAGGGGUUAAACCAUUUAAAUGUAUGGAGUGUGGAAAGAGUUUCCAUCAGAGUGCACAGCUUGCUUUACAUAAACGUACUCACACAGGGGAGAAACCCUUUAAAUGUAUGGAGUGUGGAAAGAGCUUUAGUUGGAAGAAUCAGCUUAAUUCACAUCAACGAACUCACACAGGGAGAAGCCCUUUAAAUGUAUGGAGUGUGGAAAGAGGUUCAGUGAAAGUUGCUCCCUUAAUAUUCAUCAUCGAACCCACACAGGGGAGAAACCAUUUAAAUGUAUGGAGUGUGGAAAGAGUUUCCGUCAGAGGAUACACCUUACUUUACAUAAACGUACUCACACAGGGUGAAACACUAAAUGCUUGCAGUGUGGAAAGAGCUUCAAUCAACGUGAGAAACUUAGUGAACAUUCACUCGAUGUUCAUUCUUUUACAUAGAAUUCUAAAAUGCUAGAGUUGACUCGACAUAAUUUGAGGGGUUUUUGGAUGGGGCAGUGUGGAAACACAUUCACUUUAUUUUGAUUACUUCUCUGGAACAAAUGAACCUCAAAGGGAGACUAGCAUGACAACCCACCAAGAGGUUCAGUGCUGUCACUUGUGGACUGAAUCAGGACAAUGGAUAUUUUUCACAAUAUGUGGGUUAAUCGUAUUCACAGUGCCAACUCCAGUGGUACCUUGGUUUAAGAACAGCUUAGUUUAUGAACAACUUGGAAUAAGAAUGCUCCAAACCCGUAAGGUGUUUGGGUUGGUGAACUUUGCCUUGGAACCAGAACAUGUUCCGCUUCCUGUUGAGUGUGUUCUGUUUGUAAAUUGAGUCCCCCACUGCUAAUCAGAGGCUUCCUGUUGAGUCUGUUGGCCGUUGAGUCUGGAGCUCCCACACAACACAGAAGCAAUAUUUGGAGCUUUUGUCUUUGCUAUUUUUUGCGUUUUUGUUUGUGUGGGUUUUUCAUUAUUAUUUUUUACUGUGACUUGUUCUUUGUUUUAUGGUACUGACUUUUGACUGUGGCUUGUGACUUUGUUUUUGUGACUGUGUGGAACCCAGUUCAGCUACUGGUUGAUUGUGUGAUUGCAGAAAUGGAUAAAAGCCCCACAUCCAAACAAUUACUAUCAUCAGUGCACGUAAGAAAAUAAUAAUAAUUUUGAGUUUUAUCAUCUACAAUACUGUCUCAUUUAUUUUCUUGUACAGAACAUUGAUUAUUGCCUUCCUUUUAUGGAUCAAUGGUCUUGUUAGAUAGUUUAAUUCAUGUUAAAUUGCUGUUUUAGUGGGGUUUUUUAUUGUCUGGAACGGAUUAAUCCAUUUUCCAUUACAGUGGUACCUCGCAAGACGAAUGCCUCGCAAGACAAAAAACUCGCUAGACGAAAGGGUUUUUUGUUUUUUUGAGUUGCUUCGCAAGACGAUUUUCCCUAUGGGCUUGCUUCGCAAGACGGAAACAUCUUGCAAGUUUGUUUCCUUUUUCUUAACACCAUUAAUACAGUUGUGACUUGACUUCGAGGAGCAACUCAUAGAACGCGGUGUGGUAGCCUUUUUUGAGGUUUUUAAAGACUUUGGUGAUUUUUGAAGCUUUUCCAAAACUUUCCCGACACUGUGCUUCGCAAGACGAAAAAAUCGCAAGACGACAAAACUCGCGGAACGAAUUAAUUUCAUCUUGCGAGGCACCACUGUACUUUCUAUGGGAAAGCACGCCUUGGUUUAAGAACGCAAUGGUUUAAGAAUGGACUUCCUGAACAGAUUAAGUUCAGUAAACCAAGGUAUCACACUGAUUUUGUGUGUGAAAACAGCUAUUAAUAAAAGCAGUGGACUUCUAAUCUGGUGAACCGGGUUGGCUUCCCCGCUCCUCCACAUGCAGCUGCUGGGUGACCUUGGGAUAGUCACACUUCUCUGGAGUCUCUCAGCCUCACUCACCUCACAGUGUUUGUUGUGGGGGAGGAAGGGAAAGGAGAUUAUUAGCUGCUUUGACACACCUUAAGGGGAGUGAAAGGUGGGAUUUCAAGUCCAAACUUGUGUUCCCAGAAUGUCACCAGUUUUCAUUAAAUGCCCCCUGGAAAACAUGACAGCAGCAUGCUGCGCUUGGCAUCCCGAUGCUCAUGUUCAUCCCUCCCCUUCAUGCCCCUUUCCGCCCCCCCUCUCUCUCCCCCAGCAGCCCAUUCUUUUACAUUCCCUACUGUUGCUUUAAAUUGCAGCUGACUUUGUGUCAGCGUCCCCAAGCCCUUACUCCACCUCUCUUUCUGUAUAGAAACUGUAUAGAAUUUUACUUGUCCCAAAAUGGAAAGAAGUCCCAGCCAAGAGAGAAUGGAUGCAAGAACUUAUGGAAUAUGCAGAAAUGGUGAAACUUACCAGAAGAAUAAGAAAUCAAGAUAAUAAUUUUUUAAAUAAAAGAAUGGAAAUGGUUUAUUGAAUAUUUACAGAU